UGCUUGACAAUCAUCUGUGGUUGAGUAUAUUCUCUAAACCUCCAGAAAGUCACUUUACACGAGUACAGCGUACCACAUGUGUAUUCACAUUGAUAUUAAGUCAAAUGUUGACUAUAGUUUUGUUUUUUGGAAUACCUAAGGAUGGCCCUGAAGAUCAAAAGCAGUACGGUCGGAUUCAUUCAUCAUCAUCUGCUAUUAUAAUAGGCUUAUGGUGCAGUCUCAUUAUGUCCCCAGUCAUUUUGAUCAUCGAGCAGCUCUUUAGACAAACCAAGGCAAAACCUAGAACUACUGAAAAUAAAACGGAUGAUGACGAAAUACCAGAGGAUUUAUAUUCCGAGGAAGGUUAUGAAUCGAUGGAUACAACUAGAAGUGAUUCCACUGGUUCACCUGAAAUUGCAGAUAAUUUAGUAAUAAGUUAUGAUGAAACUGAACCUUUGUGCAAACAAAACAGAAUGUUCUUCACUCCGAACCAAUCGACCCCGAACUCCUCUAAACUAAACGUAUCAUGGCUGACAGGACCAGAUCACAUAUUAGCAAAUGGAAGCUCACCAAGCAUGAGGCCAUCCAAGUUGAAUCCUUGCGUAGGAGAUACAAAAACAACAACAAUUACGACAACAAUAUCUUUGCAUGAUAGAAGCGGAAAUGUUGCCUUGGAGACGUGGAAACAACAGGUUGACAAAGAGCUUGAGAGCGGGCUUGGGAGUGAAGCAUUUAGACACAGUGUCAUUGAACUUCAAGUGAAAAAGGAACAGCCAGUUGGGCUUCCAUGGUGGUUCCUCUUUAUCAAUUGGACACUAAGCAUCCUAAUCUGCCUGUCAGCUUCCUACUUCGUCAUAUUAUAUGGUCUGAAGUAUAGCUACCAGGCGAGCAUGGAGUGGCUCACCUCAAUACUGACCUCAAUGUUAACCAGUAUAUUGAUCAUGCAACCCCUCAAAGUGGUGGCCUUGGCAAUAUUGUCUGCGUCGAUCUGUAAGAAAAAACAUCAGAUUCAGGAUAGUAGAGACAAAAUUGUCCCG